AUGGCUGAAGCUAUCGAAAAGGUCGCUGACAAGGUCGCCGAUCUUGUUGUUGACGACAAGCCCGCUGCUGUACCCGAAUCCACCUCCGACCACGAAGAUGGCGACGACAACGACGACGCCGUGAACGAGGGCGAGGCCGUGGAUGGCGAGAAGAAGAAAAAGAAGAAGAAGAAUAAGAAGAAGAAGAAGAAGGGCCCCGCCGUCCAAACAGAGCCCCCCACGGUCCCCAUUGACCGGUUCUUCACCUCCGGUAUCUUCCCCGAGGGCGAGAUCUGCGAGCACCCUCACAAGACGUUCAAGCCCAAGGGAACAGCUGUCGAUCCGUUUGCCGACUCUGAGGACGAGCGAGAGGCAGCUGAAGAGCGGGCCAAGGAUGACGCCAAGCACGGCUCCGACGAUCCUCUGGACUUCAACCGGCUGCGAACCACAAAUGAGGAGAAGCGGUAUCUGGAUCGAGAACAGGCUGCCGUCCACAACGAGUGGAGAAAGGGCGCUGAAAUCCAUCGAGUGGUGCGAAAGUACGCUCGAGACAACAUCAAGGCCGGCAUGACCAUGACCUCCAUCGCCGAGAUGAUCGAGGACUCGGUGCGAGCUCUCUCCAACGAGGAAGACUCGCUCAAGGGAGGCCAAGGUUUCCCCACCGGAGUAUCUCUCAACCACUGUGCCGCCCACUACACUCCCAACGCUGGUGACAAGAUUGUGCUCAAGGAGGACGACGUGCUCAAGGUUGACUUCGGUGUCCACGUUAACGGUAAGAUCAUCGACUCCGCCUUCACCCACGUGCAGAACGACAAAUGGCAGGGACUUUUGGAUGCCGUUAAGGCAGCCACCGAGACCGGUAUUCGAGAAGCCGGUAUCGACGUGCGACUCGGAGACAUUGGAGAGGCUAUCCAGGAGACCAUGGAGUCUCAUGAGGUGGAGGUGGACGGAAAGGUCUACCAAGUCAAGUCGAUCCGAAACCUCAACGGACACAACAUUGCUCCCUACGAGAUCCACGGAGGCAAGUCUGUUCCUAUUGUCAAGUCUGCUGACAUGACCAAGAUGGAAGAGGGUGAGACCUUUGCCAUCGAGACUUUUGGCUCCACCGGCCGAGGAUACGUUGUCACUGACGGUGAGUGUUCGCAUUACGCCAAGAACGUGGGCGUGGGACAUGUGCCUCUGCGAGUCAACAAGGCCAAGCAGCUGCUCGCCACCAUUGACAAGAACUUUGGCACUCUGCCCUUCUGUCGACGAUACCUGGACCGACUCGGAGAGGAGAAGUACCUGCUUGCUCUCAAGAACCUGGUUCAGAGCGGAGUGGUGCAGGAUUACCCUCCUUUGGUGGACCAGAAGGGCUGCCAGACCGCCCAGUACGAGCACACCAUUUAUCUGCGACCCACCUGCAAGGAGAUUCUGUCUCGAGGAGACGAUUACUAG